CAAGAACUCCGGGCGGAUGCGGCAGGGGGAGUACUGCAAAGCACUAAAAAAGUUCGUGUGUAUCAAGACGUUCGUAGAACAAAGCGAAAAGAUGAAACGGGCGCGAAUGUACUUCAACCUGGCACGGCAGCUGCUCCAUCCGGGGACCAGCCGUGCGGCGCUGAGGGAAAUGCAAACCAAUCGCCUCGAGUACGAUUCUGCCGGAGUAAAGAAAGACAGUGACAAGAACGCCGCUUCCACGAUGACGCUCCAGUCGCUCCUGCUAUCUAGAACGGAAAUAGCGCAAGACGCUGGCUCACUAUCAGUAAUAUCUUCCGGUACAGAUGAGAAGACGCAAAGCCAAAGUAGCAACAGCACUAAGGAAGAGCUCGACCGUGUCGAUGUCCUGCUGCGACGCCAUUUUUGCCAGAGGCAAACCCUUUUCGCGGACCAUAACACUACUGCUGCUGGCGUGGAGAAAAUACACUCUACCCGCAAAAGAAGUGAAGGAAGCUCGGACACUGAUGAGUCAUCAAGUCGUGAUUGUGCAGCAUCUAGUUUUAGUACUCCGACUCCAACUACUUCAUCUUCAUCAGCAUCGCCUGACUCUGCAUCAAAUGGGGCAACGAACACAAAACCUUCCUCGCUUAUCCCGCUUACAUUUUACGAGUACUGUUGCACGCACUUCGGUUCGCCGGUUCCGGUCCACCCCUCGUACCCGUUGUUCAUCGUUUACACCAGCGGCUCCACCGGCCCGCCGAAGCCUAUCGUGCACACCCACGGCAGUUUAUUGAUGGGCGUCUGUGCCUCCAUGAAUGAGAUUUUUGCGGAAAAGACGAACGACAACGACCUUUGUUCAUCUGAAGUGUUGGACACCAGGGCAAAAAACAUCGUAGAAGCGGGCGCGACGUCUUCGGGUACUGAAACUGUCGAAAACGAGGGCCGUGCUGUCACGGCUCCUGGCGCUUCUACAACUGCGACGGUCGUCCGCACCCACAGUGCGAGGAAGUUCCGCGACAACGACAAAUUUCUUGUCCUGGCUACGCCGGCGUGGAUCACGGGGCAGAGCUACAUGAUCACCGGUGCGCUGGCGAUGGGGAUUCCAUCUGUGCUGCUCGAAGGUUCACCCACAACCCCGUCGCCGACGCGCUUCGCCGAGGUCAUUCAGCGGAAUGGCGUCACGCUGUUCAAGGCCGGGAGCACCUUUCUCCGGGGCGUCAUGGCCGAUUUUUUUCAACGAAAGAAGAAGACACAAGAAGGCGAUGCUGUCCCUUGUCCAGAUGGAGGCACGACGGCACUUGAAGGCGUGUUGGAGCAGGAGCCCAAGGAGCAAGAGGAAACGAGCCAAGAGCCUUGUUGUAAAAGUACAUCUCGUCGUCCGGCGCUUUCGCUCAAGCAGAUGUGUCAGACGCUUCGCGCCGGCGUGUUCUGCGCGGAGCCGGUCAGCCCCGUAGUGCAUGAGUUUGCAGUCGAAAACUUGUGCGCGAACUACCGAAACUGCUACUGGGGCACCGAGCACGGGAGCAUCGUCUUUGCGUCACCCGAAGUGGUCACGCCGGGAGAAGUCGGCAUGCGUCCGCUCCCCUGGGUCGCGGUCCAGCAUCCGAAGAGAUCUAUGGGAGCGAAUUUUCCUGCAUGCAGAUGCAGCUCCGAUGAUCAGGACCGAAGCAGUACCGCUCCUGACCAAGAAGCCGGUGUUGCUGGACGAGUUCCUGUCGACGCGGAAAGGAAAAGCGCCCCUCGUCAGCCCCAAGAACCAAUUACAGACGCCCUCGUCGAGCAGGAACAUGAAGCUGCCGCCACUAAUGUAGUCGAUCUGCGUCUCGACCUGUCCGACCGUGGGAUCCCGUUUCCCUCCCUGGCACAAACCGUCUGGGGAGAUUUGAAAGGGUUCGAGCUGCAGCCAGGUGAUAUCGAGGAGCAGCGCUCCACCGCCUACGGACGCGCUUUCCCUACCGUCGUCCUGUCGCAGAAAAUCGUGAACCGCUGGCGGGGGAAUCUCCGGUUGUGGAAGCAAACGUACUUUCCAGAGCUGUGGGCGCGCGAAGAAAGGGAAACGAAGUUGCGGCGUGGUGGGGCUGCAGUCGCCGGUGGCUCAGGAUUUGGUACGACCGGGGACCGCGGCCAUCAUUCACGUUGUAGUGCACCUACUGAAGAUGUUGGAGAAAACAACAACGAGCCGCAGAGUUCAACACCAUCUUCUUCCAGCAGUUUCUGUCGCAAAGAUCCCGUAGAAGAACCGCCUGUGGUGAGUUUCGUGCAGGGCGACUCCGUCUACUACGACGAAACAGCCGAUCUGUACUAUUUCCGCGGUCGCAGCGACGAUGUGCUUAAUGUCGGCGGUGUGCGGGUUGGCACCGGCGAGAUUGAGUCUGCCUUGCUGCAGAAGCAAAAAUCGGCAAAGCUCUGCGUCGCAGCCGCUCCGGACAAGCUCGCCGGCCAGGUGCCGGUCGUGUUCUACGAAAGAAACAAGAACUCCGCAGCUGGGAACAGUAUGAGCGAAAGUCAACAAUCGCUAGACUUUUCCGCUCUGCGGGAAGCGGUGCGAGUCUAUGUCGGCUCCGCCGCGGUGCCGAGGUAUUUCAUUCCUUUGAACCAGCUGCCGAGCACUAUCACGGGGAAGUUUACGCGCGGUCUGCUGAAAAAGAUGCUCGAAGACGUCGAGUACCAGCCCGCAUCGGUGGCAACGUUGCAAAACGCCGCAAGUGUAUUGCAAGACCUGAGACGCGCGAUCAAAAAGCACUUUCUACUGAUGGAUGUGAACGAGGAAGAAGAUGAAGUAGAUCGACACGACCCUGGUCGAGUACAUCAGAAGAGAGCUUCUGAGAAGGAAAAAGAUGCUGACGAAGCAGGAGAUCAUUUUCUCGUCUUUGAAAGCGACGAUCUGCACCGGCUACUGCAGGACCAGGGCUACGCGCAAAGCGUCCCCCUCAUUCAGCUCGGGCUGGACUCGAUGGAUCUGACCAGAUUGCGCGACUCGCUCGCGCAGAACUACGAUAUCCGCUUUCCAAACACGUUUGGCGCGGGCGUAAACAGCCUCCAGAGUCAAACGCUUGAACAGCUCCGGGAGCUCGCCGACCAGAGUUUGGAAAAGCAAGGCUUGCGGAAACGCAUACUAGCGAACAGUUGGAGUCCUGUUGCAACAGGCGCAGCUGGUGACCACCAGGCCCAAACGGAAAAAUCGGAAGGUCCUUUAUCUCAGUCAACUACCGCUGAUGUGUGCGCGCUGCACCUCAACACCAGCUGUAAGAAAAGUAGCGCGACCCAACGCGACAGCACCCUUCCUCCAGCGAGAAAUGAUGCUGUCGCCACACUGCCGGCGCACGCGAGGGAGCGAGACCUUCCAGAGUACGAUGUGGAAGAUCCGAAUAAGAAGUACUUCUUCUGCAAGAAACAGCAGCGCAACAUACCGAUUUUGCAGUACACGACAAAGUUCGGAGGCCUCAAAGCCUGCAAGGUGGGCGAUCUGAAGCACGUUGUCAACUUGCUGAUGGACGCUGACCAGAAACUACUCAAGCAUCUCGAAGAGGGAAGUAGAAAAACACAAGAACAUUGGGACCCACGCUUUUACCGGUGCCGCAACGACUCGAAUGCGUUACACUGGGCCUGCACGUCGGGAAACCUCACACUGGUGAAGCUGCUGCUCGACUGGAUUUUUCUGCAGGACAGUAAGGAUAAUCAUGGCAAGAACCUGGGGGACACGGUUCUGAACCACAAAAACAAGGAGGGGCGCACACCCGUGAUGUUUGCGUGCAAGUACGGGCAUCUGGAGGUCGUCAAAUACCUGUAUACCCUCGCGGAAGAGGAAAGGAAACGGGAAAAGGCGGGGAAGAUGCAUCUAUUCCGCAACUCCGUACGCGGCACGUUCCAGCUCAGUCCGGAGCCUCUGGAGCCUGCUGUGAUCCACCACCUCCGGAUCGCGAACUUCGAGGUGGAGUCCAACGAUGGCAGCAACGCGUUUGACUGGGCAAUGUACUCCGGCAAUCUGGACUUGAUCACGUACCUGUGCGACAUGCGCCCGGACGCGCUGCUCCGCCGCAACAAGUUCGGGUGCGCCGCCGUCCACUGGGCGGCCAGCGGCGGCCGGGUGCCGGUGCUGCAGUGGCUGGCGCGGGUGGGCGAGGCAGAGGGGAAAGCGCGCAAUAACGCCUAUGUCGAUAUCUUCAACGACGCCGGCCAUUCCGCAGUGUCGAAGGCUGCCUGGUUUGGGCACCGGGGCGCACUGGAAUUUCUGUUGCUCGGAGAGGAAGAGGAGGUAUCGCCCACUGCAGCACACGCGGCGACGGCGACCGACGCUCUUGCACAAAAAUGCAGUCCGGCCGUUCGGAGAUUGAAUCUCAAAUGGCAACUCGCCGUACCUGACGCAACGGGGCUGACUCCCAUCGACCUCGCCCGCAUGGGGCAACACCCGGAACUCGCGACUUGGCUCCAGGGUUUGCCCAUUCCAGACGUCGAGUGGAGUUAUCAGGAAGCUGUGGACGCGGGAAGCGGAGACAUGAAAAAGACGGUUGUGAUCACAAGCAUUCGAGACGUGUGAUGCAGCUGCUUAAGAUCUCGAUUCAUGCACGACAUCCCGAUCAGAUUGUAUUCCGGAAAGCCUGUGUAGACUAGUUCUAGAUCUAGUUGUGUAAGUACAACUUUUCUUCCUAUAUUACUCUAUUCCUUCGUGUGAAGUAGACACGAAACAGCGACACCCAGCACAUCCGAUUACUGAAAAUGGUGCGGUAGUUGUUACACCGACACCAAAAACUAAAACGGAAGAAGGACGAAAGUUCAACCAAGAGUCACGAU